AUGGAAUACGCCAGAGGCACAUUGACGAUCAUGAGCGCGUUUACUCAAAGGUCUUUGAAACUGACUGUUCUUGGGAAUGGGAUGAUUUCUUAUGAAUAUGACGAGAGUGACGCCUCCGCGAACUUGGACACUUACUCAAACUCCAGAGAGAUCAAAAAAGAGGAGAAGUCGAUAUCCCCUUUGAGUGAGAAGAAGAAGUCCAAAGAUGCGAACGAGCGAUAUAUCUUUGGGUUUCGAGUCUCGAGAAAUUAUCAAGCAGAACAACAAGCUAUACUCUUAGCUUUAAUUAACAAAACAUAUAGUAUAACAGUUGAACACCCACUGAAGAAAAGUAAGCUCACUAUCCCCUUUCUGAAGAUCAUUCAAUUCACUUCCGAUGAUAGUCAGCCAGUUUACUUUAAUAACAUCGUAGAGCAACAAAUUAAAGUGCUGCAAAACGAAGACUUGAAGAAUGGAGUGACUCAAAAGACGGUGAAUCGACGGAAGGACGUACAUAGGAUAACAGAAGUGAUCAGACUCUUAAUCAGUUUUGCACGAGACAUGGGCUUUGAUAUUAAAACAAAAAAGACUUCCGGGUCGAAGGGGAGCGUGAAAGAGUCGAUCAAAGAAAUCCACUUUAAUAACGUCGUGUUGACAAAACAGACCAUUUCAGAGAUUGGGAGGAACAUCAGCAAUGAGAUGGAAAAAAAGAUGGCAAACGCCAAUACCGAUUUGCCUUUUUGCUUUGGGAAGCAAGACAAAGAAAUUGCUCAACUUUUUAAAAUUUUGUAA